GCUUUUACUCAUAGUUGAAUUCAACCCAAAUGUCACAGAAAGAAGAUGAAAUAAUUGAAAUUGAGGAUCAAGACUCAAAAGAACCGACCCAGAUAGACUCAGUCCAGGUCGAACUGAGCGACGAAACUCAGGACGCUGCUUUAAAAGACGAGAAUUUAGGAACAAGUCUUCAGAAAGAAACUCCAAUUGACUUAAAUGAUGAAGAAACUGAAGAUCAAGAGAACAGCCCCAACUCUCAAGAAGCAGAACGUGAUGAAGAAGACAACGGCUCCCAAGGUAGUGAAGGAGAGGAUGAUAAUGCAUACAAUGAUGAAGAAAAUGGUACAGAAAAGGAGGUCAUUGCUAUUGAUGACCAAUCUCAGGAUGAUGUAAAAGAGAAUGAAGAAGAAGACCAAGAAAUGGAAGAAGAAGAUGAUACCAAUCCGCGAUGGGUCUCUAUCCAUUCAACAGAAUACAAGAAAUUUAUACAAAAGAUUGAGUUAAAUUGGGAGUCUAACAGUACAAAACUCUCAGUGUGAUUGCUGUGUUGGGGCUUCUUGUCCUUCAAUUUGAAAAAGAAACACAUGGAGCACUCACAUUAUACUCUAACUCCUUCCUUUGUUAAGAAUGAAGAGAUGUUCCUGAAAUUAGCUAAGAAGCAUAAGAGGAUGUCUGAUGACGAGCAAAAUGUCCAAAUCUUUGCUGAGAAGUGAAAAGUUAUUAAUUACAGUGCUCCAGUCUAUGGCGCUAAAAAAGAGACUAAAUCUAGUACCCAAAGUCUCUACGUCCUUUGCAACAAACAAAUUGAAUCAGAAAGCAUCAUUAAAAGGAUGAGUCUUAUGGUCAACAAGCUUUACGAAGAGAGCAAUAGCAAGGAUAAUCGGAUCUUGGAGCUCCAGCAGGAGCUCGAUAGGAUCAAAGCUGAGCUAACUGAUAUCCAAAAGAAAUAUGAUCAUUUCUCAGGCAAAGCUAAACAAAUGCAACUGUCUUAA